AUGGCAGGCCGGAAGAAGAAGGGGAAAGCACCUCAGCCUCAAGUAGAGGAGAGAAACCAGAGUAUAAAGGAGUUAGCGAGAUUUGGGGAUGAACUUCAAGAUUCAUCUGUUAAUAGCAAGGAAGCAGUUAAAGAGAUUUCCAAUUUGACUACACCAGCAGAAGUAAAGGGUUCUCACAUGCGUCAAUCCCCCAGUGUUGGGCAUAGCAGUGGAAAGAGGCAAGACGAAAUUGAGCUACUUGGGCGAGAUCUAACUGCUAAGCGCCAACUGCAAUGGUCAGAAAUGAUAGAACGAGAAGAGAAGCAAGGAGUGUGGGCUAAGAAUGAUACCAGUAAAUUCAAAGCACCCUCAGGAAAAUUGCAGUUCAUACCGCCAAAGGAGGUGGCAGGUCAGAACAUUGUUCAGAUGCAGAUGGAGGAUGUUAAAACUAAAGCGGAGUACUGGGAAUCUUCCAUUGCAUGUUUUGUACUGGGUGCUCAUCCACCAAUAGGUGUUAUGGAGAGAUAUUUCCAGAAGCUCUGGGGAAACCUAGGCAUUGAUAAGCCCUUAAUUGUGAAAGCUUCGGAUGUAGAAAAAGGGAUCAAUUAUAAUGAUGUUGAGUAUGUUCCCAUAUGGAUAUGUUUAUAUGGCUUGGAAGUUAAAUUCUGGAAUCUUAAUUCUCUAAGUAGAUUGGUAAGUGCAAUUGGAACUCCAAUUUUAGCAGAUGAUUAUACUGUUAGAAAGGAGAGAGUUCAGUUUGCUAGGAUACUGGUUGAAAUGAAAAUAGCAGCUAAUGUACCUGAUAAACUGGUCUUUGAGGAUGAGAAAGGGAAUGUGAAGGAUGAAGGACGAAGCAACGCUGCCAAGACUAUAGCAACUGAUGACAACCAGAGGAAUCCAAUAUUGAGAAGAAAAGAUCAAUCCCCAGGAGGGAAGCCUGUAGUGCUUCAGGACUUUGAAUGUGGUUUACGGGAUCUAACCCAGAAAGGGAAGAUGUUCACAUGGUGCAACCAAAGAGUAGGAACUAAAAGGAUAUACGCUAAAUUAGACAGAGCACUAGUCAAUUGGAUUAACCAAUAUGCAGAUUCUAUAGCAACAUUAUUGAUGGAAGGAGUAUCGGAUCACUCACCACCUGAGGUCCAGUUCAAGGUAGAAAUGCAGAAGAGGAGUGCUUUUAGAUUUUUUAACAUGUGGUGUCUAUCCACUGAAUUUCAUAGAACAGUGGAAAGGAGUUGGGCAGAAAACGUUGAAGGCACUUACAUUGUGGAGAAAGCAAACAGAGAAGAGAUGCAACUGGAAGUGUUACAACAAAAUCUCAGCCUCGAUCCCGGUGACGUUGAUUUGCAGAAAAGGAAAAAAAUAUUGUUAGCUUGGAGGAGGCGUGGCAACGGAGGGGACGGAGCGGCAAAGACAGCAGUUGAGGUGGUGAACACUGAAAACAUAGAGGUUAACGAGGCAGAUGCAGCAAGCGUUGGCAGUGGGGGAGGUGGAUCAGAUGGCCGGAGAGAGGGAACAAUGGAAAUCAGUAGAACUGAGAACUCUGAAGAGUUGAGAUCAUCAAGCUCUGACGAUGAUUUGGUUGAAGCAGAAGGUCACAAUAAUGGAGGAGAUCACGGUGGUAGGGAUCACGUAGAUGGAAUGGAAACGAAGAAGAAAAGAAAUACCACAGACAAUUUAUCCGAGAAAUAA